AUCUUAGACAACAAUGCUUUUGUUUUUCUGGUGCUUUCUAUUGUUUGUGACAAGAGCAGAAGCUGGUGAUAUUACUGUUACUGAUUGCCUUAAAAAGCAUACCAAUGUGAGGUACAGAGCGAUCAGCAAUCACAAAUUUAUUGUAUCAUGUGACCUGCCAUCUGAAGACACCACAUCAAUUUACAACCAUUCUCCUCUUUAUGAAAAUCAUGUAAUGUGGUUCCAUCAAUCCAGUGGUGGAGGAGCCACUAUGAUCCUCAGUGAUAAAACUGCCAAUCCUACUCCUUGGGGGAGCUCACUUUGGUUUAACCCAAUAAAAACUGAACAUUCUGGAACAUACAUCUGUAUGAAAAGGGAUAGCAUAUCACCAUGUGUCAAUAUUUUAAUAGCUGUUCAAACAAAAAUUAUGGCUAAUUGUUCAGUUAACAACAGAAAUGACAUUUAUCUAUUUGUGGACCAAGGAACAUCUAUUGGAUGCCCAGGGAAAAACUGUUAUUCUAAUUUUCCACAAUCAUCAGUGAAAUGGUACAAAAAUGGAAUACAAGUAGAGCGUAAAAAGAAAAGACCUGGUCUACAAUUCUACCACGAUAAAUUAGUGCUGCGUUCUGUAUAUGAUAAAGAUAAUGGUACUUAUACAUGCGAUUACAUGUUGACUGACAACAGUAUGCAAUGGAAAAUGAGAACAAUACUAAAUGUGCAUGUUAUCUCAAAAGACACUAUCCAUCCUCCAAAGAUUUUGAAUCCCAGUGAUGAGACAACCCUUGAAGUAGAAAUUGGUCAACCGAUUGAUCUUGAAUGCAAAGCACAAUUUGGUUUUGAAAUGAAUGUUUCCUCCUCACUACAAUUGUACCGAGAAACCAGUAAAAGCAAACAACUGAUACAGCAAGACAGAGUUCAUCCACAGGGACUGGAUGGACAAACCUUUACUCUUACCUUCAAACUGACAAAAGUAACUGAAGAAAAUCUAAACAGCCACUUCAUCUGCUUGGCCCAAAAUUCUAUUGGGAAUGCUACUGGAGUGAUCAAACUUAAGAGGCAAACAGAAAAAGCAAUUCAUUUCUUGCUUAUUUUGUGUGGCACUAUUAUAAUAUUAUUUGGAGUGGUUUCAGGAGGCCUGCUGAUUUAUAGCCACUGGAUUGAACUUAUAUUAUUCUAUCGGAAUUACCUAGCCAAAGAUGAAACUCUGAGUGCAUACACUGAUGACAUUGUCAAUGCCAUGAAAAAGAGCAGGCGAGUCAUCGUCAUCUUGAGUCCAAAUUAUGCUACAAGUAGCCAGGCUCUCUUUGAACUGGAAGCAGCAAUCAACACUGCCUUGGAAGAUAAAGCAAUGAAACCCAUCCUAAUACAGGUUGAGACUUUUCAGGAGCCACCUUCAUUAUCUCCAAAGGUGAAGAAAGCCCUCAGGAUUUUGCCCAGGCUUACCUGGAGAACAUCUACCUCUCCCAUAGCUAAUAAGCAGUUCUGGAAAAAAUUACGGUAUCACUUGCCAGUAAAACACAGCAACAGUGUUGUGAACAAGUGGCCUUCAUUUCCCAUCAGUAACCGCUGGUGUUGGUAACAGAAAAUGAGCAACAAAGGAUGAGCAUAGCCCUAGGGCAUAAUACAGUAGGGCCCAUUGCUCAGUCUUUCAGAAGCCCCACAGCUAUAAAUGAUUGUUAGAUGGCAGAUGGGAAUUUGAGAAAGGUUCAUUUGCAUUUUAUUUCUAAUAUGAUCAUUUUAAACUGAAACUCUGUAAGUUGUACUUCUAUGAAUGUUGCCAUGUAU